AUGGCCGAUAUUGCAAUUUGCAAGAACGGGUUCAGUCCCUAUAUAGACAGCACUACAAAUGCACUGAAUCCGUGCUUUGUGUCCCUAGUGUCUAUAGGGCACGCCGGUUUUUUCAGUAUAGUAGGCGUAAUCCAACUUUGGAAUUUGUAUAGGGAAGAAAGAAUACCUCCCAACUUCAAAUAUGCAUCGUUAUGGAAAGCUACGUCUACGAAGCAGUUUCUACAUCUAACAAGUGUAUUCCUACAGUCGGCUCUUUUACUUGGCUCUCUGGCGGUAACUCCGACGCAAUCUCCGCAGAUUCUCAAAUGGAGUUGGUUGAGCCAACUGUUGCAUGUCACACUUAUUUCACUGCCGGUACAGUAUUUGCAGUAUUUUAGGUCUACGGUGGCCGUCGGUGGCCAAUUAUUUUACUACGUUACCCAGGGACUGCUGUACUUUUAUCUGAUAGGCCAGAGAAUCGGGCAUCAUCCUGACGAAGCUUUCAAUUUUGUUCCGCGCAUCCAGGGAGCGUUUUUGGAAGUGGCUCUUCUUUUGAACUCAAUGACCAUUUUCCUAUACGAUUUAAUCAGUUAUGAGCCCUCCCGUGAGUUGACAGCUUACUAUGAAGAACAUGACCUGAUACCAGAUUGCAAUAUUAUAUCGAAUUUAACAUUCACAUGGAUGAAUCCUUUAAUUAGGCAAGUGCAUCGGGAUGGGAAAAUAAAGGACCCGCACAAGAUGCCUUUACCACCAACCAACAUUGACGUUCGCCAAAAAGCUGCGCUUCUAGAAUCAAAAUGGGAGCAAGAAAAAUGGAGAGGUCGCAACUCUCUUUUCUGGGCCAUCUUCGCUUCGUUUGGUAAAACCAUUAUGCUAGGUUUGUCACUUGAAAUUCUAAAGGAUUUCGCUGUUAUUUUACAGCCCCAGCUGCUCAGAAUAUUCAUCGAACAAUUCAGUGAGGACUAUCGCUCAAAAUAUCCGGCGUUAAAUGGUGUUUUCGUUGCUGUUUCCCUCUUCUUAGUGAAAAUAUUUUCAACCUGUCUUUCCAAUCAGUUUUUCAUCAUGAUAUUCCAGGCAGGAAUGGGUAUUAGAGGAAGCUUGAUGGCUAUGGUGUAUCGUAAAUCUUUAACACUAUCUGUUGACGCCAGAAACAAUAAGGCCAGUGGUGAUAUCCUGAAUUUGAUGGCAGUGGACGUUUUACGUAUCCAAAGAUUUUUUGAAACUUCACAAGACCUCAUUGGCGCUCCAAUCGCGCUAGUUACUACUCUCAUAUCUCUCUACACAUUUCUCGGUUUCGCCACAAUUGGCGGUCUGUUAACAAUGGCGGUUAUGAUUCCAGUGAACACUUAUCUUUCCAAAAAAAUUAGAAACUUAAUCAAGACUCAAAUGGAAUACAAAGACGCUAGAAUAAAAACUGUGACCGAAAUUUUGAACUCUGUCAAAAGUAUCAAAUUAUACGCAUGGGAAAAACCAAUGUUAGAACGUCUGAACCAUGUUAGAAAUGAUUUGGAACUUUCUAGUAUGAGGAAAAUUGGCAUUGUAGAUAAUUUGAUUACAUUUGCAUGGAAUCUGGUUCCCGUGAUGGUGGCAUGCUCAACAUUUGCGAUCUUCUCGGUAACAAUGGAUGUUCCACUUUCUCCUCAAAUCGUUUUCCCAUCGUUGACACUUUUCAACAUUCUAAAUGAAUGCGUAUAUUCUAUUCCAACAACCAUAACGAAUUUCAUUGAAACAAGUGUGUCUGUAGGAAGACUCAAGGACCUUUUAUUGGCGACUGAUACAGACCAGUCGUUCAUCGAAUACAGGGAGUCCUCCAAGGAUUCCAAAGAGCCCGCAUUGGAGAUUUCUAAUGCCACUUUCCUUUGGAGAACACAAGAAACUGAGAAAGAGUCCAGUCAACAUGAUGAGGAGGCAGAAGUAGAAACGCCACGCAUAGCUCUCAAAGAUAUUGACCAUUUCGAAGCUCGUAAAGGAGACAUCACAUGUAUUGUUGGAAGGGUAGGCUCCGGAAAAUCGUCAUUCUUGAGUGCUUUACUUGGACAUUUACCUUGCGUCAGUGGGGCACGGAAGCAGCUCCCACCGAAAUUUAUAAUGCGCGCGAGUUCUAUCGCCUACUGUCCGCAGCAACCCUGGGUCAUGAAUGCCACUGUUAAAGAAAAUGUUCUAUUUGGUCAUCGCUUUGACGAGACCUAUUAUCGUGCAACAUUGGAUGCUUGUCAACUCGGGCAGGACUUGAAGAUUUUGCCGGAUGGAGAUGAAACCGUGGUUGGCGAGAAAGGAAUAUCCUUAUCUGGUGGUCAGAAAGCCAGGCUGUCGCUUGCCAGAGCGGUAUAUUCGAGAUCGGAUGUAUAUCUACUGGAUGACAUUCUAAGCGCCGUCGACGCUCAAGUCAGCAAGAGUAUCAUCGACAAUGUUUUGGAUAGAACUAAUGGUCUUCUCAAAAACAAAACCAUCAUUUUAUCAACUAAUUCGAUCACAGUUUUGAAACAUUGCCAAAGCAUAUAUGCUCUGCAACAUGGAGAAAUUGUUGAAACUGGUUCCUUCGAGGAUGUUAUGAAAAGAGGAAAAGAAUCGGUCCUUAAAGUACUGAUUGAGGAGUUCGACUCGGAUACAUCUUCGCCUGCUUUGAAUACAGAAGAAGCGUCGAAAGAGCAAGAGGUUAUAUCUCUGGUAAACGAAGAGACGCUGAUAGAUGAGGACAUCGCUGAGUCCGUUAACUCACUAGAAGUUGUGAAUAGACAGCUAGGUGUGAUUGUUUCAAGAAGAGCUUCUCUCGCAACCCUCAGACCACAUCCUAUCACUGAUAUGAAUAAGGAUACGAGGAAAACAGCUCAAGAAGCCGAAAAAACACAAGAGGGUCGGGUCAAAACUGCAGUCUACAUCUCCUACAUUAAGGCUUGUGGACCUAUUGGUGUUGCUUUGUUUUUCGCGUUUCUCGGCCUAGAAAGAUUCUUCGAAGUUAGUGAGAGCUUCUGGUUGAAGCACUGGUCCGAGAAAAACGAAAAAACUGGCUACAACAAAGAUGUUGUGUUCUACGUUGGUAUUUAUGCCCUCAUUGCGAUAGCAUCAGCUCUCUUUAAUGUUUUGCGUUAUAUUAUUUUGCUGCUGUAUUGCUCUCUUCGUGCUUCUCGCAAACUUCACGACAAUAUGGCGCAAUCUGUUCUGCGGAGCCCGAUGUCAUUCUUCGAAACCACGCCAGUAGGUCGCAUUAUCAAUCGGUUCUCAAGCGACGUUAAUUCCGUCGAUGAUGGGUUACACUUCAUUUUCUCCUUCUUUUUCUACUCAUUACUGGACUACGUGGUUGUGAUUGUGCUCAUAGGCUAUAACAUGCCUUGGUUUUUGGUCAUAAAUGCUGGAUUGCUGCUGUUGUAUCUUUACUACCAAACAUAUUAUAUCACGCUCAGCAGAGAGUUAAAACGACUAAUGAGCACCACAUUCUCUCCAAUAAUGUCAACGCUGAGCGAAACUUUAGCCGGUCACACAGUCAUUAACGCAUAUGAUCAUUUCAGAAGGUUCGAAUAUUUGAAUUUUGAAAAUGUCCAGUUCAACAUCAACUGCGUUUACAACUUCAGGUCCACGAAUAGGUGGCUUUCAGUUCGUCUUGAAUCCAUUGGUGCUUUCAUUAUUCUUUCUACCGCCCUCCUUUCCCUGGCUACUAUUACAACGUCACGUCCUAUGACUGCAGGAUUGGUGGGGCUUCUGAUGAGCUACGCCAUUGAGGUGACCACCGAUUUAAUGUGGAUUGUCAGAAUGUCUGUGCAAAUUGAGACAAACAUUGUUUCCGUCGAACGUAUUAUUGAAUACUGCGACCUCCCUUCAGAGGCGCCGGCAGUGAUUGAGUCAUGCCGACCACCAAAAAAUUGGCCAUCGUCGGGACUUAUUGAAUUUAAAGGCUACUCAACGACAUACCGUCCUAAUCUGCCACCUGUUCUGAAAAAGAUCAACCUCACCGUGAAACCUCAAGAGAAAAUUGGUAUUGUGGGAAGAACGGGUGCUGGUAAGUCGACUCUAUCGCUGGCGCUUUUUAGACUUUUGGAACCCUCUGAGGGCACCAUUGUUAUCGAUGGUAUCGAUAUUGCGAAGCUAGGUCUGUCUGAUUUACGAAGCCACCUCGCAAUCAUUCCUCAAGAUGCGCAAGCCUUCGAAGGCACUAUAAGAAGCAAUUUAGACCCCUUCGAACAGUUUAGCGAUGAAGAAAUAUGGAAAGUGCUCGAGCUUUCUCACCUAAAGCCUCAUAUAGCCAAAAUGGCCGCUGACUCUGAAAGUGUUGAAGGCGGGGACAUGCUAAAAAUCAAAAUCACCGAAAAUGGUGGAAACUUGUCGGUUGGUCAACGCCAACUUUUGUGUCUUUCGAGGGCAUUACUCAAUCAGUCCAAAAUAUUGGUGCUGGACGAAGCUACAGCGGCUGUCGAUCUAGAAACUGACAAGCUCAUUCAAGAAACUAUUCGAUCUGCCUUCCAAGAGCGCACAAUUUUAACAAUUGCACAUCGGAUUGACUCAGUCAUGGACUCAGAUCGUAUAAUGGUCUUAGAUCAAGGUGAAGUCAAAGAGUUUGACGCGCCUGCCGUCCUUCUAAAAGACCGUAACACAAUUUUCUACAAUCUUUGUGAAAAGGGAGGUUACCUGAAAUAG